UGUUUGUGCCCUCACUACAUAUUUAGCGUUUUGUAAUGUAAUACUCCUUUCAAUGUGAACCUAAUUGAGAAAAAAUAGAAAUGACAGGAAAAUGAGAAUCGUUUUUUCUUCAGAAAAUGAGGGGUCUUUCUAAACAUCAUGAAUUAUUCAAGGUGAGAUUGCUACACCUACAUUGGUACAUUUUUUGCAAUGAAAUACUACAAAUAGAGUCAGGUGUUACUAUCCAACUGAAUGCUGAUGUUGCCUUCCAUAUAAAGUCUGACUGUCUUAACAUGCCUGGCCAAAACGAGGGAUGUAGUAGAGGCAAAUAGUAAGUUAUUAAUGUGCAUAAUACGAUGGAGUUUUUGCUCUUGUUUCCCACUUACUUGAAGCUCUAAAAAAAUUCACAAUACAUAUUUGAUUCUUGCUUUCUUUUCAGUUUUUUUGAAAGAUUGUUAUGCUUUAUAUCGAGCUCAGAACUGUAAUCUUCCACUGGAUCAGGCAGGUAACAUUGUGACUUGGCCUUCUGUAACUCUAUAUUUCCCCGCUCAGAUGCGUACACAUAGACAUGAUGGCUCUAGUUUCAAGAGUGAGUAGUAUGCUGAAAUUGCAUUCUUGUUAAUGUGGAUUACUUCUCAAAUCUGAGAAACUGUAAAACCAAUCCUGAUUGCUGGCUGAUGAUGUAUAUAUAGUUAGUUGCAAAAGUGUUAGUUGUCAGUUCUUGUCUUUUUCAUAGCAUGAUGCUUGCUUCCACGUCUUUCUAAUUUCAAAAUAAUUGUUCCUUGAUGGUGUGGAGAUUGAAACCGUCUCCAUGUUCCCUAUCUAUUUCUGUGGUUUCCAGGAUGAGUCGUUAGCACAUAUUUUGCUAUGUGACAUGCAUAUCCUUUCAUUGUGGACACAACCAUGAAACGUGUGCUUGAAGAAUGACCAAGACAGAAAUGGGAACCUUUCUACUCUCAACAUUUUGGGAAAACAUUAUUAUAAGUUUUGCGGUUAUCUCACUGGAAAUGAGCCACUGUUGUCGUUACUCUUCAUGCAUGCUACAUAUGCUUACACAAUUAAAGAAUUUCUGCAGUAAAUAGUAUCCACAUAUCUGGAAGAUGCAUUACAUUGCAUAUGUGUAUCAUGUAAAGCAAGUAGACCAAAAUAAAUUGAUUUUCGAAUUUCCAAAGUCAUGGUGAAACACUGAAAUGUGAUUAAGAAAUCAUAUGCAUGCACGGGAAGCUGCUACCGAUUGGAUGCAAAGCUUAAUCAAGCUCUACAUAUUUCCUUGUUACACUGAAUGAAACCUGACAGGAUCAAGCUCCAAAGGUUGUUGAGCUAUUAUACUUUAGACCAUUUUCAGAGUUCAUUUCCUCAUAUGGAAAAUGUUGUCAGAUUGUGUGACUAGUGCUGCUUCGGAUUUUUUUAGCAUUAUACAUACGUGGAAUUUGUAACUGGUUCUGACUUUUGAUUGUUAUGCUUUAUUUGGACUCAGAACUGAAUGCUCCACUGGAUGAGAUAGGUAACACUGUGAGCAGGCCUUAUGCAACUAUUUCUGUGGUUUCCAAGAUGAGUCACUAGUCCAUAUUUGGCUAGCAAUAUGAAUAUCCCUUUCGUAGCGAACAGAACCGUGAAGUGUGUGCUUGAAGUAUGACCAAGACAGAAAUGGGAACCUUUCUACUCUUACCAUUCUAGGAAAACAUUAUUAGAGUACAAGUUUUGCAGUUAUCUCACUGGAAAUGAAACACUACAUAUGCCUACACAAUUAAAGAAUUCCUGCAGUAUAUAGUGUGCAUAUAUCUGGAAGAUGCAUUACGUUGCAUAUAUGUGUAUCAUGUACAGCCAAGAAGAACAAAAUAAAUUGACUUUUGAAUUUCCAAAGUCAAAAUUGAGCUGCAAAAAUAUGAUGCCUUUUUAUUUUGCUAGUCAUGUAUCAUUUGGCAUGCCAUUAUAUUUAUUUUCCUAAGAAUAGGUAUUAUCUAUCACUAUUCUCUGAGUGCCGUGCACAGCAUACAGUUUUGUAAAUCCAAAUAAUAUUUUUUCGUGUCUAAAUCUUCUUUCUGCCUUAAUCUCACUAAGUCUUAUUCAGAACACAUGAAAUUUACAUCUAGUCAGCAGAAAUUUCUUUUAUUCCUGGUGGAAUUUAGGGGAAAAAAAAUCAUUUGCUCCAAACAAGGACUUAGCAGUCAGGGAACUCUAGUUGAAUUACACGUCACUUGAGAAGAAAGUCAAUAUUAAAACCCACAAAAAAUGCACAAUAAAAAGAAAGCAGCGGAGGAAACUAAGCUUGGCAGCCAGCGGCUAUAAAUACCUCACCACCUUGUUCGCACCAUCCAAAGCAACAGAGAGUUCCAGCAGAGGAGUGCAAACCACAGCUCUGCCUUCUUCCCCCACCAUGGCUGCCAUGUGGUCUCCGAUCAUCGGUCUCCUCCUCCUCCUGCUCCCAACCGCGCCGUCCUCCUCCAUCAAGUUCCCGCUCGAAGGCAAUGUCUACCCUGUUGGCCACUUCUAUGCUACGUUGAACAUCGGUGAACCCGCGAAGCCCUACUUCCUGGACGUCGACACUGGCAGCAACCUCACCUGGCUGGAGUGCGACCACCCGGUCCACGGCUGCAAGGGCUGCCACCCGAGGCCGCCACACCCACAUUACAAGCCAGCAGCUGACAAGUUGAGGGUGCAAUGUGGUGGCCCGCUAUGUGCUGCGAUGCGCAGAGACGUGCCUGGGAUCCCUGAGUGCUCCAGGAAAGAUCCACAUCGAUGCCACUACGAGAUUCAGUAUGUCACCGGGAAGUCAGAAGGUGACCUUGCCACUGACAUCAUUUCUGUCAUUGGGAAAGACAAGAAAAACAUCGCCUUCGGAUGUGGAUACAACCAGGAGGAACCAGCAGACGCACCGCCCUCGUCGGUAGAUGGCAUCCUUGGACUCGGGAGGGGAAAAGCAGGCUUUGCCGCGCAACUCAAGGGGCUAAAGAUGAUAACAGAGAAUGUCAUUGGACAUUGCUUCAGCAGCAAAGGAAAGGGCGUCCUCUUCGUCGGGGACUUCAAUCCGCCCUCGCGCGGCGUAACCUGGGUACCCAUGAGAGAAUCCUUGUUUUACUACUCACCUGGCCUAGCAGAGCUGUUCACUGACAAACAGCCGAUAAGAGGGAAUCCAACAUUUGAGGCUGUAUUUGACAGUGGUACCACCUACACCUUCGUGCCUGCCCAGAUAUACAAUGAGCUUGUUUCAAAGGUUAGAGGCACUCUCAGUGAAUCAUCACUUGUAGAGGUGAAGGGUCGUGCUCUGCCUCUAUGCUGGAAAGGGAAAAAGCCAUUCAGAUCUGUCAAUGAUGUGAAGAACCAAUUCAAGGCACUGUCACUUAAAAUUACCCACGCCCACGGCACCAGCUACCUGGACAUCCCUCCUCAAAACUACCUCAUCGUGGAGGAUGACGGGAAAACGUGCUUGGCUAUCCGCGAUGCCUCGUCGGAUCCUGUUCUGAAGGAACUGAACUUUAUCUUGAUCGGAGCUGUUACGAUGCAGGAUCUGUUUGUGAUAUACAACAACGAGAGCAAGCAGCUCGGAUGGGUUCGUGCGCAGUGCGACAAGGCGCAGGAGCUUGAAUCCGUCAUCGAUUCGCGUCUCUGAACAAUGUUCAGAUCGACAUAGACAAAAACCUUAACGAGAACAAAUGAGUGCUCUCGUAUAUAAGGUGUUCGAAAGGCUGUAUGAUGCUCCCGCUUAUAAUGAAUAAAAUGUUGGCAUACCGAGAAAUGCGCACCUUCGAUAUAUAUGUGUGUAUUUACAAUCUUGGUAAGAUAUUCGAUUACCUUAUUUUUAGGAAGAAUAUAACACACUACAGAAAUAAACUAGAGCUAUUGAUUAUUGACUUUUCUUUUUUCCACCAGUCGACUAUU